CUCCACCAUUCCACGCCGCGAUUGACCACCGGCUUGGAGCAAACUGCGCCCUACAUGUGUCCUGCCAGCGUCCCUAGCCUUCCCAAUCUUGAUCUAGUAAAAGAUCAAGCGCCAAGAUACUCUAUACGCUGAGUUUCUCCCCGUUCUCGGAAGCCUUUGUUCGACCUCGCCAAAACCAGGACGGAGACUAGCUCGCCAUGGCGAAAAAGAAGAAGCCCAUGGGAAACCCCGCUCGGGGGUUUGCGACGACGUCCAUAGCAAGCAAACCGAAGCAAGAAAAGGCCGUCGCCGACACUCUUGUCGAGGAGAAUAUAACAACGCCUUCGAAAGAAGCUGCACCCAACGCUGGACCCUCCUCCCAAGCUCCCAAUGCUGCCACACCGCUCAAACAAGAAGCUGCCCAAACCCCAGAGGAGCUAGAAGCCCAGCUAGAGCGAGAUGAACUUCAAUUGCUCGUCGAGAAGCAUGCCUCCAAGGUCCGACGAGAAUCUCACAGACAGGUCAUCAAGUUCCAAACAGACCGCAGGGUCCUUCGUGGGCAGUCUCAUUCCAUGACUGUUCACGAUUGGCUGUCCGGCGACAUCUUGGACAGUAUUAUCGCACUGGCUCAGGCUGAGUCCAACGACUCGAAUCGACAAGGGCAGCAGCCCCUACUCAAGUCCCUGACUGAAGAGGAUGCAAUGUCCAAACUUUGGACUCUCGACAUCACACUGCGUGAACUGGGCUUCUCUAGUGAUCAUAUACAACCUGUGCUGCGAUGGCUCUGUGCGACUGCCGCUGGCGUUGAUACGUCUGCAAGCAUCUGGGGGUUGCAAGAGGCACUUGAAUGGCUUGCUCUGAACCAGUGUGACGACCAUUCAUUUUCAUAUGAAGAAUCGAAGCCAAAGUCUUCGCUACCGGAUACUCCUGAACCAUCUCGCUCGGGAACGCCUUUGCCGGAACUUUCAACCAAUGAUGCUGCAAGCCCUGAGAAGGACACAUCAGGGACUCCUGCGCCAGGAGCACCCACGUCAAACGGUAUCGUGUCUACCGAUUCGGACCAUGACGGUAUAUACGUCAGUGAUCUUGACAGUGAUAUCGAACUUGACGAGCUCGUCCCGACAUACCUGAGAAUCAAGGGUAAACUGUACGAAAUUGAUCCCGAACAUAUUGAUGCCAAACAACGUAAGCAGCCGAAAAACAACAAAGGCAAGAAAGCAAGUCCACGAACGACGAAUCAAUCUCCAGCUGUUCGGAAACUUCUCUCUCAAUUGCAGUUGCUUGAAUCUGAUACUUUAUUCGAUGAGCGGGAGGCUGAGGCGCUGUGGCCUACCAUGCGCAGCCAAAUUGCCCAAAAGAAAGCGGCGGACAGGCAGCAACGAGAAGCGGGUUUCAAUACUCAUCAGCAAGACGAAGAGGACAUAGUACCUGACAAUGCUGUAGCAACCGAACAAGAGCCAACGCCCUCUACUAAUACCAUCGACCCACUGGCAGGUGAAGAUGACGCCGAUCUACUAGGAGAUAUGUUCUCUGCUAUCCCUGACGAACCGACUGAGAGUAAACCUGCCGGGGAUGACGCGGACUCCAAUAUCUUGCUACGCGACUUCGGCAAACACAGUGGCAUGAGCCCAAGGCGACUGCUGGAAGAGGCAGUGCGCUCGAGGGAUCCGAAUGCGCGGUUGACAUACAAGAUGAUUUCACCCACAGUGUAUUCGUGCCGACACUCUUUAACCAUAACAUGGUCCAAGGCUCACGAAGUCGAGUACGACGAAGACAUCGCGGGGGUGCAGUGCUCGGCCCAAAAGACUCAAGCUAGAUUUGACGCGACUUCCGUUGCGACUAUCUCGGUCGACCAAAGCGAGAGUUACGUCUCUACAGCUGCACUCUUCUCAAUCUCCGCGUCUUCACCCAAAGAAGAAAAGGUCUACCUACGAUUACCUUCCAAUUGGAGAGAUCUCUAUCGAACCUUUCUGGAACACCGCAAAGCCCGUAUAGAAGCGGCUGACUGCGAAUCUGUCAAGCACUACCGUUCUAUCAUCCAGGACCAGAUCGAGAACGAGGAAUCCGACGGUGUCGUGCUCACAAGUCGAUUCAAGAUGCGACAUCAAGCUGCGGUCAGCUCUAGCACGUUGAACUCUGGCUAUAACACUCCAGCUCGUGAGUUGGAAGGCCUUCGAGAGAUCUGGAUGCAGAAGGCGUCAACGUUGUCCUAUCAGCACAUGCUUAUGGGUCGAGCCAAUCUCCCUGUGUACGCGUUCCGCGAGUCCAUCCUAUCCACCGUGGAUAGGAACCAGGUGACACUAAUAUGCGGUGAAACGGGGUGCGGAAAGAGUACGCAGAUACCAUCUUUCAUCCUUGAACACGAACUUUCUCAAGGCAAAACUUGUAAGAUUUUCUGUACAGAGCCUAGACGUAUCUCUGCUAUAUCGCUGGCACAACGCGUCAGUGAAGAAUUAGGAGAAGCGCCGAAGGAGCUCGGCACAGCACGUUCGUUAGUCGGAUACGCUAUUCGCUUGGAGUCAAAGACAUCUGCCCAGACCCGACUUGUAUAUGCAACCGUUGGAGUAGUGCUACGCAUGUUAGAAUCAUCGAGAGGUCUGGAGGAGGUCACGCAUUUGGUCAUCGAUGAAGUGCAUGAGCGAAGUAUUGAUACCGAUUUCCUGCUCAUAAUCCUUCGUUCAUUGAUGGAACGCCGCCCCGAGCUGAAGGUCAUACUUAUGAGUGCGACCGUAGACGCCGCGCGCUUUUCCCGGUACCUCAAUGACGCACCGAUUCUGACAGUACCUGGCCGUACCUUCCCAGUCCAGACUCGAUACUUAGAAGACGCGAUUGAGUUGACUCAUUAUGCAGGAUCUUCGGGAGAUGCGCAAAAUAAUGGCAAUACCAGUGGUAAUGAUGAUGAUGAAAUCACGACUGAAAAGUCGGGCAUUCCUAGCAAACUUCCUGGGUAUAGCCCUGCCACACGCAAUGUGCUCUCCAGCUAUGAUGAGUAUGCCAUUGACUAUAGUCUUGUUGUCCGCUUGAUUGAGACGGUCGCAUUCAGCCCACAGUUGAGUCGGUUUAGCAGCGCGGUUUUGGUGUUCCUUCCAGGCAUCGCUGAAAUCCGCCAGCUGAACGACAUGUUAGUCAGUCAUCCUUCUUUUGACGCCAAUUGGCUUGUCUAUCCAUUACAUUCGACUAUUUCAAGCGAGGACCAGCAAGCCGCUUUCCUGCUUCCACCACCCGGCGUCCAAACAGGUGUUACGAUCCCUGACAUCACUUGUGUCAUCGACACAGGCAAACACAAGGAAAUGCGUUUUGACGAGCGCAGGCAAUUAUCUAGAUUAACCCAAUCUUUCAUCUCCAGGGCAAACGCCAAACAACGACGCGGGCGCGCAGGUCGUGUACAGGAAGGGCUAUGUUUUCACCUGUUCACCAAAUACCGCCAUGACAACCUUAUGACAGAUCAACAGACCCCGGAGAUGCUUCGAUUGUCGCUUCAGGACCUUGUCAUGCGUACGAAAAUAUGCAAAUUAGGUGAUAUCGAAGCGACCCUUUCUCAAGCACUGGACCCACCCUCUUCAAGGAACAUCCGCCGCGCUAUUGAUGCGCUCAUCGAGGUUGAUGCGCUGACUUCAGCUGAAGAGUUAACACCCCUCGGUCGCCAGAUUGCGAAGCUCCCAUUGGAUGCGCAUCUUGGCAAACUGGUGCUUCUUGCGAGCAUGUUCGGCUGUGUUGAUGUCGCUAUCACAAUAGCUGCAGUCUUGUCGUCGAAAUCACCAUUUUUGACACCGUUUGGCGCGAAGCAACGAGCCGACAUAGCACGCUUAGCAUACAAGAAAGGCGACUCCGACCUCUUGACUACCUACAACGCGUACAAAUCUUGGAGAACAGUGUGUACCACGGCAGGACGCUCCGAAAUACAGUUUUGCCACAAAAACUUUCUCAGCGCGCAGAACCUAGGCAACAUCGAAGACUUGAAAGCCCAGCUACUCUCCUCGCUCGUUGAAGCUGGUUUCAUACAGGUCUCGCAGGACGAACGGCGUGCACUGAGUCGAUAUCGCAGUACCUCGCGCCAUCGUGCGUUCGUUGGCGUACCACCACAAUACGACAUACACUCGGACAACGAUAUACUCGUCAAUUCUGUUAUAGCAACCGCGUUCUAUCCCAAGAUUCUAACGCGAGAAGGCAAAGGCUGGCGUAACAUUUCCAACAACCAGACCGUCAGUCUAGCACCAACAUCAGUAAACAAGGGUUCAGCGACUGCCAAGUUCUUGUCUUAUUACCACAUCAUGCAGUCCAGUAACAAGUUUUACAAUGCCCACUCGACAUCUGCGACAUAUCCACUCCCUAUGGUGCUGAUGGUAGCCGCAGACAUGGACUUCAAAAUGCAUGCCGGCGUUAUCAGCUUCCCGGGCAGUGUACUACGGUUUGCGGUUCGAGAUUGGAGAGCUGCUGUCGCCUUGAAGGUUUUGAGGCGACGCAUCAAGGAGAUCCUUGCAAAUAGCUGGAAGAGUCCGGCGCGCCAGAUGAGUGAACGUGAGAAAGAAUGGUUGGGACUGUUCCUCCAGAUUUUCGCGCAGAAGUUCGAGAAAGAGGAGAGAAUUAGAGAACGAGGUGGAGGGAAGGCGAAAUGA